AAUAAGCUCUUCCCGUUCUUCUUACUCCUAUUCGGACAUUUGAGUGUAACUUUAAACUAAACCAUUAACCUUACACAGGAUUCAGACUUUGAUAAACACGUUGUCUCAAUAAAACAAUCUAAAUGACAUGUAUCCUGGUUUGGUGUAUUCAUAUGAUCAGUGUUGCAGUUAGCGUGAGGUACAUAAACUGAGGAAUAUUAUCAUUUCUUUCUUCCAGUUCAAGUAAUUUCAGAGCGCAGAAGCCAUGGCCACAAUAGAUGGUUUUCCAGCCAGUUUCUACAGUGAACCAGGAGUUUUGGGAAUGUUAUCAAAUGGAAUUAGUGCGUUCCUUGUACUUCUGCAGAACUUUGGUACAGCGCACACUGGCAUAGCACCACAGGGCGUGGAGAACAUACUUGCAGGCGUCCAUCUUAUCCUGAUUGGUGGUGUCUGCCAGCUGGUGGCAGGCCUGCUCUCCUUCAGAAAAUAUGAUCAUCUCAGUGCCACUGCAUUUGUCGGCUACGCUGCUCUUUGGGGAAGUUUCGGUGCCACCCGAAUCUACUUUGGUGCGUUAUCCAUGAACUCCACAGUGCCACAGACAAUAACAGCCAACAUGACAAUGUUGAAUGACACCACGGAAAUCCCAGUCUGCUAUUUAUGUCUGUCCCUAAGGGAGUCUGCUAUUGCUGGCCUCGUUCCCUAUAUCCUCUUAUCGUCUGUCCUUGCCUUUUGCUCAGCCACAGUCAACUACAUCAUGCCUUUUGUUUUUGGCGCUAUAACGGCCACUUUAAUUUUUGAAGCAGUAGCUCUAGUGUCAGGUUCAUGGUCUCUUGUGGUAUCCGGGGUUCUUGAGUUGCUAAUCCUGAUGUUCGCCAUCUACGGUUCAGCGGCCCUGCUCGUUAAAGGUCUGACUCAACGUCUCGCUCUCAAAGGCUUUGGUACUCCACUCUUUAAUGUCCUUCUGCUUGGUACUGCCAGUUCAGCUAAGAACCAGAGCCCUGGCGCAGAGAAGAAGAAAAACACAAAGUAUGCCGAACCCAUGGCCCUGGGUUACUUAUGUGACACAGUUGCACCAUUCAUCUUCGCAUUUUACAGCUUUGGGUUCAUGACAUCUUUCGGUUUGGGAGUUGCUUGGGUGUCAAUCAACUCUGCCGCCCAGCUUUUCUCGAGCUACUACUCCCAUCUACGCCAAGAUGGCUACCAUACAACUAAGUUUGGGUUUCAUGCUACGUAUUGGCUCAUCAAGGCUUGGGAGGAGUUUUUAGCAUCUGUUCUGAUUGUAGAGGACGCCAACGUCACCUCGGGGAGAAACCCGAUGGUAGGAAACUGGUUCUUCGUGGUGGCAGCCCUGGUGCUUUGCAUUGGAAGCCUGAGCAUGGAUGCCCUGGAACUGGUCCACAACAUACUGUUCCUCUUGCUCACGAUCUCCACAAUCCCCCAGAUCCCUCUUAAAGACUACUACAUAUUCUUUGGGGUCGCUUGUUCCAUCUUCACUGCAGCCUCCUUGUACGGGACCUUCUCACGGCUCAUCAACACCAUUGCAGAGAAGUUGCUAAUCCCUGUUGGACCACAACCCGUCUCCACAGCCCAGCUGAAGAGAGUUUUCAACUGGAGUAGGUCCACAGAAACAAAACAAGAGUUAACUAUCCAAACAGACCAGGCUUCAGAUGCCCUGUUUUACCUGGUAAAUGGGGUUGCAGCUCUGUCCGCUCUUCAUGCAAGCGUAAACAGCACCAAUUCUUCAUUCCUCCAUCUGACAAUCCCUUGGGUCCUCAUCUCUGGCGCAAUCAUCCAAGCCUACGUCAGUCGACUUAAAGUCACAGGAGCGAGCCAGUUUGGCUCUGUCAUCUCGUCUGUCUACGUAGCAGUGUGGGCAACAUGGACCUGGUUUAGAUUUGCAGGUCAACUACUUCAGCUUUCCAAUGAAGUUGCUUACGAAUUUACUGCAGGAGCGAUCGCUUUCCUGGUCAUCAACGGUUUCGUCAUUUUUAGUGCUACGUACAGGAACUUGGUCUUAGUGUUCUUAACAGCAACCAUGGAGGUGAUACUUGUUUGUUUACUACUUUCAACUCUUCAGCAGCUACCUUACCAGCUAGAAAUGGCCAUGCUUGCAAUCUUUUCCAUUAUAUGUUUAUAUGGAGCUAUGGCAUCAUUGCUAAACAGCAUCUUCUCCCAGAGAUUACUACCAUUGGGCCCUCCUUUGUUCAAGGAGCAAAUGAAGCAGGACCGUGAACAAGAGCUACCUUGCCCAUUGGCAAACUCCAAACUCACCUCUGGGCUUCUAAAAAUCGCCGCCAUCCUGGAAAAGGGCGGAGUAUGCGGUAUUCCCACAGACACAGUGUACGCUUUGGCCGCAUCUUGCAAGAAUCCGCAGGCUAUUGAGAACAUUUAUAACAUUAAGGACAGACCAGCAGAGAAGCCCAUUUGUAUUUGCAUCUCCAGUGUGAAGCAGCUGGUAGAAGCCAAACCUCCCUUCAGCCCUCUGCUUUGGGAGUUCAUGCGGAAUGUGUAUCCUGGAGGUAUCAGCUGCAUCGUCAGCAAAGGGGAUUGGCUCCUCAGAUUAGGGGUGGGACCGGCUUACGACCGCGUGGGCACAAGGGACAGCAUCAUGAUCCGAGUCCCCGACCACACCGUGACCCGCCACUUGUGCGAUAUCACUGGACCGCUUGCUAUCACCUCAGCCAACCCAAGUGGAGAGGCAGACAGCACCCACCACAACAUGGUCAUCGACCGACUGGGCCACAAGAUCCAAGGGGUGCUGUGUGACGGGGAGACUAACGAAGUUGUGGCCUCAACUGUGGUCAACUGCCUCAGUAUUGAUGAAGGCACCAUCACGAUUGUCAGGGAAGGAUGCGUCCCUGCGGUUAAAGUCAGAGAGAUUUUCGACAGAGUGAAAGGCACAACGGCCUAAAUCUUAGCUACCAGUUCAUCUAUUUAAAUAAAAAUGUUAUUUAUGUCUCUGUGUCAGGGCUAAACCAUGAAGGAGUACUGAAGAAGUACAAAUCUGAAGGAAAACAAGUACCAUGAUAUUCAUGUAUGCAUAACUGUGGAUUGUUCAGAAAAUGUUACAAUGAACCUCGGAAAAGAGGGCAAAUAUUUUUAUUUAUGGCAAUUAUACGCUUCAUUGGGUUUUAUUUUAUUGUGACUGUCAGAAAUUGUAAGUCUGAUGUAAAUAGUUUGUUUUUCUUUAACAA